AUGGCUCGUACCAAAACCAGGGCUCACAAAAAUCCAAUAUCACCACUACCAUCAUCAUCCUCCUCACCUCCAGUUCGUUCACCUUCCCCAGUUCGUUCUCCAUCUCCUCCACCCAAACCAACACCUCCUCAUUCAUCCUCUGAAAAAACAUUUUCAGACUACCUAUCUUCUUCCCCAGAACCCUGUCCUCAACCUCUUUCAACUCAGCUCCAUCCCUUAUAUCAAUGUCUCACCCCUUCUGUUUCUCAAUGCCCACCUCAUCUUUGCACUACAAUGAACCCUAGCUCCAACACAAAAUCUUCUCAACGAAGAUCAAUGCGCAUCCUAGCAAGCAUUGGUACUUCCAAAAACAAACAGGUGGACAACACCAUUCACACGACUUCUGAUGAUGAACCUUCAUCACCUCACCCUAAUCCAGCUCCCCAAAUGGCUCCUACUCCUCAACCAACUCCAUCAUUGUCUCCACACAUUUCAAAAUCUCCAGACACACAAAACCCUGUCUCAUCAUCUCCAAAAUCCUCUUCUAAACAUCCUUCACCAAGAAACACACCAAAACAAUCAAAACCCAAACAAACUAAAUCCAAAUCUCCCUCCACACUUUCUCAGUUUUUAGCCUCCAAUAAGCUUAAAAUUCCCAAAAAAUCUCAGAAAAAACCACCUCAGGAUCGAUCUUCCCCUCCUCAGGAACAGUCUUCCCCUCCCCAGGAACGAUCCUCUCCUCCACCAGAACGUUCUUCUCCUCAUACUUCACCCCAAGCACUCUUUUCUGAAAAAUGGGCUCAACGCACUAUUGGUAUUGGACGUAUUUUUGAUUUUGACAAACUUCCACUUGAAGAGCUCCCCAUCCAGCAUCAUACUGAUUCCCUUGGAUGGAUGAAUUUUUUGAAUAUUUCUGAUUGUCAUUAUCCACAAGUCAUUAGAGCCUUUUAUUGCCAAGCUGAAGCCUUUGAAGACAAGUCUCUUCUAGUGUCAAACCUAAAAGGUAUUGAAAUUCGACUUGAUCCUAUAAUCCUGGCUGAUAUUUUGAAACUCCAUUCUGAAGAAAUUUUGAGCUCCCACUUUCAACUGAAUCCUCAGUCAUCAAAAUUUCUAAAUUUUCCGCCAAAAAUCUCUCCCAUACGAAAACAGCUUCCCACCAUCCCACCCUCACCACAACCUGCCUUUACACCAUCCUCCAGCAAACGCAAAAGGACUGAACAAAUCUCUGUUGCACACCCCACAUCUGACUCCCAAGAACGUUAUCUCCCUCAUCUCAAUACUGAAGAACGUUCUUCCUUUCAUGUUGUUUCCCCACACUUGAAUCCUGCCACUAACACAAUUCCAUCAUCCACAGUGCUCUCCUUCACCGAACAUUUAUGUCCCACACUUCCUGUCCAAAACACUUCCAAAAUGUUUCCUGUUUUUAUCUCACCUCAGAAAACUGCCUCUUCCUCCCUUUUUGGAAUAAGUCAAUACUUAGCUUUUCCUGAUCUAGAUACAAUUAGUCCAUCUAUCCCUCACCCUCCUCAUUUCGCUUCCACUUCCAUUCCUCCAAUCAACACCACUUUUGCUACCUUAUCUACCUUCUGCACAUCUACUACUCCCUCCACAAGCGCUCCCAUGGAUACUCAUCAACGUCCCUCAAAAAGGUCGAAAUUGGAAAAGGAGUCGUCACGAGCUUACAAGAAUAUUCCAAGGAUUUUUGACGCUCUACAAACCAUAAUUGCACGCCAAGCUCAUCAGGUAAAGGAGCAGGCAAUUCUGCGUGACUGGAUGGCAAAUCAGCUUGCCCCUAAGCUGGGACUCGAACCACCUAUGCCAAAUCCUCUUCCAACAUUUCCAGCCAUCCCUCAGCCUUCUUUGUCUCCAUCCUCUGAAGGAUCUUCCCCGUCUCUGUCGUUUUAA